GACGGCAAUAUGGCGAUUCCGGCAAGGCGCAUGAAUGGAGAGAGCGAGACGGCGCGAGCCGCGUACCGCCGUUACAACGAGUAGCGGAGUGUCAAGUGACAGCUGUUGCACGCCGUACUGAUCAGUACUGAUCUGCCAUCGGCUCUACGCUUAGGCGGCCGUCCCGAGCGAGCCAAGUACAUCUUCCUCUCCUUUCUUUUUCCUGCGGACACGUGCCACAGCAUGAAACGAGCGGCCGUCACGCUUCUAUUGGCCUUGCCGUUGGUACUAGGUAACGCGACGACAGUUACGUCGGAAAAUGCGACCGUCAAACACGAUGAUGCCACAAUAACAGCAUCUUUGCUGAAUUAUCGAGAGAAUGACAUAUUCAAGAAACGACUAAUUUUACCUCCGUCUAGUGAUGUAACGAUCACUGUGACGGACGUACCACCAAAAUUUUCGUUCAUUGUGUUGCAAAUUCAUACCUACCAAUACAAUGCUACGUUAGCAUACGACAAAACGCUGCUCGGUAAAGUGUCGAAAGGGAGUUUGUUCGGGUCAAACAUUGGUCUGUACAUGAAAACACGCAAUGUAACAGGUCCGUUGCAGGUAUUCCUAAAACACGAUAACGUACAUGAUCUCAAUGCAUUGAUCGUGAUCGUACCGUACGGUUCAGAAGCGCCGAUACCGGGCGGAUGUAACAUGGAAUUUGAGAUCGAAAUUGCGCCCUAUCAAAAGCUGCGUAUAGAGAAUGAAAUGAUAAUAGUCGAUGCGCAACCGGCCGCGGCGUUCGCCACUAACGGCCUACCGAUUCCUUGCGAGAAAAGCCCGGUGCAACACAGUAUGUACCGUUUUCUCCUGCCCAUGUCGGACUUCAAACUGGAAACGUACUUUGACGCGAUUGCGAGUAUGCUGACGGUGCAAGAUAUCGUGCAAAAUGGCACCGAGAUACCACCUGCUCCUACGAUCUCAAUUAUGAGACGUAUCUACAGUAUGUUCGCCGGUACAGGAUUCGUUUAUGCUGUAGUCGCCACUUACGGGAAUUACUCUUCGGCUUACGUUCCGACCUUCUCGUACGGUUGCAACCCUCUGCUCCAUCCGAAUAGUUGUAAGGUUUUAAAUGAAUUGUUCUCGAAGUUUGUUUGCACGAUCACCUUAUUCAUAGGUAUCUUCUUGUAUUUUACGGGACAUGAAUCUCGAUACCUUACUAAGGUUCGUUUAUUACCGGAUUGUGCAAUGGGUGCUUUUGUCGGUUACACUAUAGCGGUGGGUACCGGCGAUCCAGGAACUGCAAUUGACGUUCUGAUAGGUUUGAUAUUCGCCGUUCUUGCCAUGUGCAUAUCGCCGUUCCGGCGUAUUCGGAAAUUCGAGAACCCAUGUUUCCAAUGGCUCUCCAACCUACCACUAGCAUUCCUGUGCAGCUGCGUCGCAUACCUCUACGCUCCAGCCGGGAUGUUUUACGUUCUCGAGUACGAAUGGUCGUUCUGGUGCACCUUCGUCAGCUUCACGCUCGCGAUCGCUAUGCUGCUCAUGAUAACGCCCUACUUCGCCGAGAUACUGACACGAGCGGUUUUCAUCUCGUACUUCCUGGUCAUUCCGAUUGAUUAUUACGUUGGCACUAACUUGAAAUACAUUGUCAUCACCAUCGUCAGGAGGAUCACCAUAUCUGGCUUUCGUUUGGCCUUCGUGUAUCCGCCUAUUCGGUUCUUCGACUGGUUUCUUAUAAUGAUAUGGAUUAUGCUGAUGUUGUUGCAACUCUUAGCAACCUACGCUCAGAUAUUAAUUGAUACAAACGAUGAAAGACAAGAGUUGUUGCCGGCACGGAAACCCAAAGUCGUAAUCAUCUUUUCACGGCGACCGAGUAUAAAAAACGAGCGUACGUAAGCUUUUCAUAAUGUUUAUUUAAAAUUAAAAAUUAAUUCCUCGAUUAUUUACCGAGUUUACGAUAAGUGUUACAAAUAACCGACAAACAGCGAUCUGAAGAAGAUGAAUAUAUAUGCAGUAAUAAUUAUAAUUCGAUUAUAUAUAUAUAUAUAUAU